AUGGGAUCCUUCGACCAAUCAUAUUCGUCAUCCUCACCUCUUCUAGUGCUUCCGCCUCAACUCCCACCACAGCCUUCCUACAACAUCCCUUCAAACUCAAACCCGCCAUCAUCAUUUACUUCGCCCUUCGGCAAUGUCAAUGGCAAUGGUAGCAAUCCCCAAGCCGCGUCGUCAAUGUGGCCCGUCUCCACAUCCUCGCCCCCCAAAUCUACCAGCCUGCUCUCCAAAGCUGGGCGAAAGCGCUCACGCGACGAAGCCGCGUCCAACCUUUCGGACGACGAAUUCUUCCCCGUCCAAGCCCCGUCUCCCCAGCUGCAGCCAGAGAAUGAGGACGAGUGGGAGUAUGGCGAGGGGAUGACGUUGAUAAAGCCGAAUGGCAGAGGAUAUAUCAUCGAAGCUGGCAGCCAGACAGGUACAUGGGCCGAAGAGAAAGCCGAAGCCCUGGCGCAACCACCACCACCUACCCGGUCGUUGAGCCCAGAGAGACCCGUUCUGCGCCCGUCCAAGAGUCAAAGGCUGGGCCUGACUUCCACGCCCUCGAUCGCCGAAGAGUUCAUGCACAACGGAGCUUUGGCGACACCUCUAUCGUCGUCCCCAGAGAGAGGAAAUGGAUUCUCAGAACCUACCAUUGAUGACUUCACGCGCCAUCUGGGCAUCGGCUGGUCCCUAAUCAGCAACGAGGACCAUAUCCAGGCUGCUGCUCGCGGCUGGACCAAAUUUAUCGAAAACCACUACCCAAUUACCGAUGCGAAGAUCGCGCUCCAAAGCAGAGGCCUCUCGAGCUAUCUAGUACAGGCGAACGAAGGAUACUUCCUGUUUGGGGAGGACUUGAAGCAAGGAAGGCUCGUAAGUACUUGUUUGCAGAUGGUGUGGGCUAACCUCAGGGGUCCUACUCCGAUUUUCGACGGCGAAAUGGUGAUGGAAGCCGGCGAUACGCCCAAAUUCAACGCGACGCAGCCGAUAGUGAAUAAUGACGCGCCUACGGCCAUGAACACAGCACUGGACCAAGGUCAUGAUCUGGAAGUCGAUAUGGAUAUGAGCUAG